AGAUCUCCCAAGUGAUGCCCCACAAAAUUGUUCUUAUCGCCCCUCGUCACCUCUUAUCGCCUAAAAAUUUCCCAAGAUUCCCAUCAUCUCACCAUUGCGACCACAGCUGCUCCCCAUCUAACCUAAUAACUCCCCGUCAGACGUGAAAAGCGAGCAUCACUGUUCGCCCAUCCCCGUUACCAUGGCGCCCUCCAAGACUCGUACCAUAAAGAACAAGAAUGCGGGCCCUAAAAAGACCGACGACGAGAAGCCGAAAUCCAGCAAAUCAUCGGCUGGUCGCAAAGGCCCCGUCAACGCCACGCAAUUGAAGGAGAAGAAUCGCGCGCUUCUGCUCAAGAAGCCCAAGAGGAAGACCUACACCGACACCGAGCUCAACAUCCCCAAGCUGAACAUGAUCACGCCCGUGGGUGUCGUCAAGCCCAAGGGCAAGAAGAAGGGCAAGGUCUUUGUGGACGACAAGGAAGCGAUGACGACCAUCAUGUCACUCGUGCAAGCAGAGAAGGAGGGUCAGAUUGAGAGCAAGAUGACAAAGGCGAGACAGCUGGAGGAGAUUCGACAAGCGAGAAAGGAGGAGGCGGCGAAGAAGGAAGAGGAGCGCAAGACGAAGCUGGAGAACGUGAAGGAGUCGCUCAGGAAGAAGAGGAAGCGUGGCCCUGCUGACAAGGACGACGAUAACGUUAAGGGUGCCUCUUCUGCGGGAACAAAGGCGGGCAAACCCUCGAAACGGAAGAGCGUGUCAUUCGCAUAGAAAAAAAAGAGGCGCGGAUGAUGUUAGCAUUGCUAGGUGUUACUGGCGUACGGGAUAUCAUGGAAGCAUUGAUAAAAUUAUGCAAAUCUUGCCA